AGUACGAGUUCGUAAUGGCGGACGAAGGGAGUGAGAGAGUGGUGUCUGUACUUUCGUUUUUUCUUGCUAUAUCUUUCAUAUCGGGAGUCGUAGCCCUUCCAGAUGAAAAGCAUACAUUUCUAAUCAAAGAAUCAACAAAGGAGAAAUCUGCAUCUAAACUAUUCAUUACUCACAAGCCACAUUCUGUGUCCUUCUUGCAAAAUGCUGGAGAUAUACCAUCAAAUGAGAUAUCAAGUGUGAAUUCACUUGCCCUUGGUUUGUCCAUUCCAGAGGAUUUAACRUGGGCAGGCCUGCUUGCUGGUAAUAUGUUCAAACGACCUAAAGCUAGAAUCAUGUUUGGUGUUGAAGGAGUAACACAAGAUGACACCUUGAAUAUACAAGCAAAUACAGCUUUCCCUGUUGAUGAGAAUGAUGACUCGUCUGGUUUGGCUGGAAUUCUGUCUCACUCUAACGCUUUACAGGAGAACUUUGCCAGUCGAGUUUCCCGCGUUUUCGGUGGAAGAUCACUUAUAMUUUCUGUGUCUGGAGAUGAAAAGCUUGCAGCUAGUGCCUCGAGUGCUGGAGAAAAUAGUUAUACAUUGUACUAUGACCAAGCAAAGGAACAAUUUAAGUUGACUGAUGAUCACGUGGCCUUYCAGGAUUUGCAGCUAAGCAACGACCAGAUAAUAUCUCAAUUACAGAAAGCUUCUCUACCAAARGGUACUAAAGUGUCCAGUGAUGGGAAAGUCGUAACUGUUGCAGUUCCUGGACAAGGGAAUGCUGUUUUUGACCUAAACAGAAAGGAGGAUUUCAUAGUUUUUGCCGAGGUUCAAAUGGUKUWUGCUGUGUURGAGAAGCUCAAAACGAACCCUGCUCUCAUAAAUGACAACAUUCCUGACGUUUUAACUUUCUGUUUUUCUGGUGCUAAGCUGAUAAGAGAUCGUUAUGGUCGAGACUCAUUACAGGCUAAAGGAGCUGUGGUUUUUAUUUCUUCUAUCAUUUCUGAGUUGUCGAAGCAAUUUUUUGAAUUGUACAAUGGAAAUGCUUUGGUAGAAGUUUUGGCUACCCAAUGGCAAGAGAAUCUCAAGGACAAGUUUCCUUCAGACGUCAAUCACAUAUUUAGACAUCUAGAGCCUCAUCUUGCGUCAGUCGACUCUUUCAAUCAGCAAUUUCCUAGUGUUGCACUUCGAGGGGAUCUUGAUUCAUCUGUGAUGGAAACUCUGUGUGACUCGCUGCGCAACAAACUAGUUAACAUACAAUCAAAGUUAAAGGUUAAUUGUCUUAGUGGUCCUGUCCUGAAUAGAGUAAGAAGAGCGGUCGAGGCUCCAUCUCCCACCCUAGCACCGACUUCUAAGUCUCUUAACAUUGCUUACAAGUACACCCCUUUCUACUCAACGAUCUUCAAUAUCUGGUUCUGGUUGUUGGUGGUUUUGGUUCUUACAGUCUACGUUAUAUCAUUGGUGUUGUGGUAUAUGGACCCAGGACGUGAUAGUAUUAUUUACCGUAUGACUAGUCAAAGAAUGAAGACCGAUUAAUGGGACUUUGGUUCUUUAUUUAGUUUAUUUUGUAAUUUUUUCUUGGCAACGUCUUUGACAAUAGACCUAAUCGGCUAACGGCGUUGCUAUGUACGUUGCCACCCAAUUCAAAUACUGUAGGAAAAAGAACUUUUGUUUGUAAGAAUUCAACUUUGAAAUGAAAAUACAACGAACAAUGAAACUUACUCCCGGGUGGUUUGAAUUGGGUUGAAGCCGAUUAGGUCUAUUGUGCAUCUAGCUAAAGUCCUUUUUGUUUAUACCGCUAAUAAAUAGUCUAAUUAUUGACAAAA